AUUUUCCUUCCACCACACUUUAGUAAAGGUUCAUUACUACAAAACAUAUAUAUAUAUCAAACAUGGUUAAAGCUGUUGCUGUCUUAAGAGGUGAUUCCAAGGUUUCCGGUGUUGUUCACUUUGAACAAGCUUCUGAAUCCGAACCAACCACCAUUACUUACGAAAUCUCUGGUAACGAUCCAAAUGCUUUACGUGGUUUCCACGUCCAUCAAUUCGGUGACAACACCAACGGUUGUACCUCUGCUGGUCCUCACUUUAACCCAUUCGGUAAGACCCACGGUGCUCCAGAAGAUGACGAAAGACACGUUGGUGACUUGGGUAACAUCACCACUGAUGCUCACGGUGUUGCCAAGGGUACCAAGCAAGAUUUGUUGAUCAAGUUGCUCGGUAAGGACUCCAUCAUUGGUAGAACUGUUGUUGUUCACGAAGGUACCGAUGACUACGGUAAGGGUGGUUUUGAAGACUCCAAGACCACUGGCCAUGCCGGUGGUAGACCAGCUUGUGGUGUCAUUGGUUUGACCAACUAAGUUUAGAUCAGAUUAAGUAAGUAUUUAUUUUUCUUAAAAUGGAUGUGUGCUCUGAUUAAUAAAA